UUGAGCAGACCGUAAACGAAUGUUCACGGAAUCUAGAUUUAGUCUGAAUCGCGUUCGUUUCAUUAAGUGUUAAUUUGGUAUUGUUUAAUUUAGGUUCCAAAACAUGUCGCAAUCGAUGCGUGUUUGUGUGAUUGGGGCCGGCCCUGCCGGCAUGUCGACACUUUACCACUUUGCCCAACUUCCAAAAAUGCCGGAAGUUGUCUGCUACGAGAAGCAGGACACAUGGGGAGGGCUAUGGAACUUCACUUGGCGAACAGGUGUUGACCAAUACGGAGAGCCGUGUCACAGCGGAAUGUACAAACGUUUACUGACAAACGCACCAAAGGAAUGCUUGGAGUUUACUGAUUACACAUUCAAGGAGCAUUUUGGAAAAGACAUUGGGACUUCUUUUCCAUCAAGGGAGGUGGUGCUUGAUUUUAUGGCAGGCCGAUGGACGAACAAGGCUGGUCGCGAUCUUAAACGGCUUAUCAAUUUUAGCACAGUUGUUCGCAGUGUUGUGUACACAGAGAAAACGGAAUCAUUUACGGUCAUUGUCAACGAUUUAAAAACGGGUACCAUCAGCUCGGAACAGUUCACCCAUGUCGUGAUAGCGGGUGGCAUAUUCAACCAGCCAAAUGCACCUGCAUUUCCGGGCAUAGAAAACUUCGACGGUCGGGUGGUACAUUCCCAUGACUUUAAGGAUGGACACGAGUUCAAAAACCAGAAUGUUUUGCUCAUUGGGAGCAGUUUUUCUGCGGAGGAUAUUGCUCUGCACAUAAUGUCAAGUGGCGGGAAGAGCGUCAUUGUAUCGUGGCAAACGAAUGCUCCAAAUCAUAACUGGCCGAACGGGAUAACGGAGAAAUGCAGCGUGAGAAACUUUACAGGGCAAACUGUUCAGUUUACGGAUGGUUCAUCUGCUGCUGUUGACUCCAUUAUUCUUUGUACGGGCUACAAAACUCUUUUUCCAUUUCUGGAGGGUCGUUUACGCAUUGAAGAAAAAACGUCUUUUUAUCAGAGGCAGCUGUACAAAGGAAGCCUUUUUAUACCAUUAGCUCAAAGCAAAUUGUUCUUUAUUGGUGCCCAAGAACAGUUGUUCACCGUUACGUUGAUCGAUUGCAUAGCAGCAUGGACAGCAAGGUUUAUUAUGGGGUUAUUACCGAAUGAAUCAAAGACAACAAAAGAAAUGCAGAAUUACAGCGACCAUUGGCAUGGCAGAGCUAAACAGUUGAAAAGCAUUCCAGAAAUUGUUGCGUUUCAAGCCUCGCUAAUUGAAAACCUUGCUGGAGAUACAAAGUAUGGGAUGGAAUACGCUCAAGCUGCCCCAUUGUUUGUUGAAUGGGACAAGGAUCGCAAAGCCGCAAUUGCUCAUUUCAGAGACCACAAAUUUGCUUCGUUUUUAAGCAAAUAAAACACAAUGGGUAUGGAUACAAAGUAAAUGUACGACAAGCUACGUCUUGGAAACAACUCUAAGAUGAGACAUUAUAUUUCUUUUUAAUUCUACAACUAACAAACUGUUAUGAAAUUCAAUGCAUUCUUGAAUGUAUCUUAUGCAUGCUAGUUUGUAUUGUACACAUUAUAGUAAUAGUAAAUAUUAUUACCCAAGAAAAACUGUUUGGCUAUUUCGUUUUAUUUUUAGAAACAUUGUUAUAAUCAAUUGAAUAAACAAAAGCACGAUUAAGAUUACCAUUGUACAUUGAGUAAAUUGUAUAGCAAUGCAUAUUUUGAUUAUUGAAAUACUCUAUCGAAAAAAUGACGUAGAAUACAAAUUUUGCUUUAAUGGUCUUUUCCCACGUCUGUUAAAUCUAAAAUCCAAAGCUCGGCCUGUGGCGCAAUGCUCACUUCUGUCCGGAAGGUCUUUGUCUUACAAACACCUUUCCGAUCAGUGAGUGAAGUCGAAUUGGAAGUAUCUAUUUGAUGAAAAUUGUGGUUCAAACGGACUGAUUUCUCAAAUGCACUUUUGACGUCGUAGAAAAUUUCACAAUAAUACUUUUAUUCGAUUUAAGCGCCAAGCUCCUGAUGUUUCUUCACUGAUAACUUUAUAUUUCAUCGAAAAGCAUGAAGGAAUGAAACUUAUUUUCCUAUAAAAGUACUCUUGAAAUUUACUACUGGAACCAAUCGUUCGACCAAUUUAGUAAGUCCCUUAUGGCAGUAAACAGCUAAGCUAACUUUUUGAAAAAUCUAUUCGUUUGGCUUCAUUCAAAAAUUCAUCUUCAUCUUCUAAGUCAUUUAUAUCCAUAAAAAAUA